AAAGCUCAGUUUGUAGAGGGAGGGUUGGGGGAGGAGAAAACAGUUUUUGAAUCGCGACGCGUAGAGACUUGUCAUAGCUUGUAUACAGUUACUUUAUAGUGGCGAGCUAAACUAACAGCAGUUAUUCUCAUUUCUACUGAAUACAUUUAUUUCAAAGAGCAAGCAGAACGUUCAGUAUUGGACCAAUGGAGCUGUCAGCGAUUGGUGAACAAGUGUUUGCUGUGGAAUCAAUAAUCAAGAAAAGAGUUAGAAAGGUAAGGUAUUCAUAUUGGAAAUAAAACGCAUGUACCAUAAUUACAUAAUGACAAUUACGCAAUUUGGAGAAUAUCCAUUGUAGGAUACCCUAGAUCCAGUAGGGAACACAGCUGGCUAUAUUGAAAAGCACUUGUACCAAUAGCCUAUUUAUAUCCAGUAUCCACUGAAUAUAAACAUGGAAGGGGGCGUGAGUGUGGGGAGUAUCCCUUUAACAUAAAGUGGAGCUUGUUGCCAUUGCAUUACAUUAUAGUCAGGGUGGCAGCUAUCUAUCCUAAUAUGUGAAACAGAAUAAUCAUAUCGGAACCGAAACCUUGCAUUCAGUCCUGUGCAUAGGCAGAAUAAUAGCCCACGGGUUAUACAAUUACGCUAUUAGGCUAUUGUGCAUUUGUGAAGUGCUACGCAGUUUCGCGGAGGAAAUGUCAAAUACAGGUUUGUGGGUUAUUAGGGCGCAGAACGUGGCCGCCUAUGGACGCGCAUCCAUAGGCGUGAAUUAAUGUAUGAUACUAAGUCCUUAUAAGUGUUGGGUCUUUUAAUAUCGUAUUUUGCACUGCAUUAAAAGUGAACUCGAUACCUUAAGUACAUUGAGUCAUUGUCGGUGCAGACGCGCAUCCACCAUCAACCGUUAUUAUAGCCAUGCAGUCCCGUUACAUAGGGAAAAACGUUGCCUGCUGUCAAAUAUUGUUGUUUUCAAUAAUCAGUGUCCUACCCACACAUAAUUGUAUGUAAUGUUCUUAAGAGUGUGUGUGUGUGUGUGGGGUGGGGGGGGGGGUGUCUCGUGAGGAUCCCAAUUCUCUCCAGUCACCAGUGCUCUCGUGCGAUGACGUCAUGCUAUCUAGGAGCUGUCAAAGUCGAUAAGCUAUAGGAAACGUCACCUGGAAUUAAUUCCCGGUAAUGACAUAGUAUAGAUGAGAAGACAUACUUUUCCUGGAUUUUCAAAGGUUAUUAUAGGCUACCUAUCUCUGUGCUUGGAGUGGAGACCGUAAGCAUAGCAACAUCACAAUCAACAUCCUCCCCACACACUCUCCUCUCUCUCUCCCAUACUGAUGCUUGUCUCCAACGUUGUGUGUCACAGGGGAACGUGGAAUAUCUAUUGAAGUGGAAGGGAUGGCCCCCCAAGUGAGUAUUAUCACUAUGACAUCAUCAUCAUAUCCAGUAAUUCAUGACAAUGAGUCAUGCAGAGUAUUAUUGGAUGGAUAAGUAACCACGGCGGUCUUUAUCUGUACAGAUACAGUACAUGGGAACCAGAGGAGCACAUCUUGGACCAGCGUCUGGUGCAGGCCUAUGAGGAGAAGUAAGUCCAAGAGACACUGCAUGCUAUAGAGCGCAUUACGUAGAGGCGAAUAUCAUAGUACUGAUAACUGUACUGUAGUAGUAGUACACUGUACUAUCAUAGUAGUAAACUAUACCUGUUGGUACUGACUGAUCUAACCAUUCCACCAGAGAGCAGAAGGACAGAGCCCUAGGGUACCGGAAGAGAGGACCCAAAGCUAAAAGGAUUCUAAUACAGGUGGGAUGGGUUAAUUUUAUAUAUAAUGUCUCUGUCUGAUUAGACUAGGGCUGCAAAGGAAGGGUAUAUUACUGGAAAAUUUAGAAGUUUUUGAUAUCGUUCAAGGAUUUUAUGUUAUCUAUCACAAGACAUCUAGUGGCCAAUUUGGGUACUUCCGUUAGUCACAGGUGUUUGUAAUAAUCUCUGGCCCUCUGUGUGGCUUUAUCACAUGUAAAAUAUAUGACUCAUUGAAUAAGAUUAUUUUAAAAUAGAAAAUAGUUGGAAGAGUUGCAGAGUUAAUUUAAAAUAAUGCCAUUGUUGAUAAGAUGUUUUUUCAUUAAUUAGGCUAUUUUCUCUUGAACCAUAUGGUCUAUCUACUAGAAACUCAUGGACACAAUAUAAUAAAUUAAUACUGUAUAUGAAUACAUUUUUGUACAGUUAUUCAAGUAUAAAUUGCCAAAGUUACAAUAGAUUGCCAUAUGUUUUCUGUUAAUUACCAAAAUUACUGAAGAUUCCGUUAAUUUUGCAAUCCUAGAUGAGACAGAAUAAUAGGUUGGCAUACUAAGUAAAGGGGAAAUUAUCUUGGAGAAACACUACUACUGUAUAAGACAUCUUUAUUGUUCCUCCCUCUGUAGAAUACUAUUUACAACAUGGAUCUCCGGAGCGCCCACAAGGCCCCAGAGAAGCCUCCAGCUCACCUACGUCUCUCCCCGACUCGCUCACUGGAAUCUGAGGCAGAAGACCCGACCUACGGGGCCUGUAGACGGAGCCUACACCCCCGCCUGGCCCACCGCAAAAACAAACCCAGAAGGUCACAGUUCAUGUGCCUGGCCUCUCCCCCUGGCCCCCCUACCCCCACACAGGACCCCACACAUGAUGACUGGGGAAGGAGGGAAGAGGAAGAUGACAUAGAGGAGGAAACUCGACAGGAGCAGUCGGAGCGAGAGACAGAGAUAUGCAGCGGCAUUCUGAAUGGUAAGCGUGUUAGUCGGCCUAUUCACCAAAUGGGCCAAAUUUUAAACCAGGACAUUGCUGUGUGUGUCAACCAGUUAGUCAGUACAGUACAGGAGGCCCCCUGGACAGACAACCAGGAACAUAAGCUCCACCAUCCCAUCCAGGGCUGGCAACUGGCACAGCAAACAGACAAGUCGUGGCAAGGGAGAGGGUUGACUUAACAGGGUUUCAUGUAUGACGCAGACCAAUACAUGUCAAACUUCCUGGUACAACACAGAUAGUCUAUGCCAGGGUUCUUCAAUUCCGGUCCUGGAGGGCCGAAACACUUCUGUUUUUUAUUUCUACCUGGUAGUUAAUUGCACUCACCUGGUGUCCCAGGUCUGAAUUAGCCCCUGAUUAGAAGGAGAGGAUGAAAAACAGAGGUGUUUCGGCCCUCCAGGACCGGAAUUGAAGAACCCUGGUCUAUGCGUAGCCUACAGGCAAUGUACUCACCAUACAGUGCUCUUAUUAAUCUCGGUCAGUUAGUUCAGAGAUAGACUUGAUGCAAUCACAGCAAUCUUACCCUCUUCCUUUCUCUUUCCCUCUCUUCCCUUCCCUCUCACCCUCUUUCCUCCCUAUCCCCCUUUCUCUCUCACCUCCUCCCCCACCCCCUUUCUCUCUUCCUCCUUCAGGGCAGGAUAGGGCAGAGGACUGGAGUUCCGUGAUUGGCUCAGAGGAAGUGACCGCGUCAGAGCGGUCCUCUGUUUGGAGCCCAGGGGAGGUGACCGUGACUGACGUCACCAUAAACUCUCUCACAGUGACUUUCAGAGAAGCCCUGGCAGCCAAAGGCUUCUUCAGAGGCUGGGGCUUAGAGUUCUGAAACACACAGCAGCAUACACAGACGAAACCGGGUCUGGGAACAGAAUGAGCGAUAUGGAAAGUGUGGCUCUUGACACUGUUUGGACUGUGUGACCACUUUUUCUCCUCAUCCCUUUACCCUUCUUCCCUUUCUGGCCUUGUGAUUGACCUCUGUCCACACUAACUUCGUUCAAUAGGCAUACUGUAUUGUGUAGUGUACAGUAUAUACUGACUACAUUGAGAUGGGCAUACACUCCUUCUACAUUGAGCUAUACACAGUAUACUGUAUACCAUAUCCUUCUGGACUGUUAUUAGAUAAACAUGUGGCUUAGUAGAGUCUUGAAAUGAUUUAGAAAUCCUCUGCAAGAUGACUUCAUCAGCCUGCAUGCCUUUCUCCUCUCCUCUCUCUGGAUACACACUGAUACUCAAGACAUUUUGGUUACCCACUAAAGCCCUGCGCAACACAUCCAGUGUAAACUAACUUUAAAAGUGGAACCAAAAACCUAUAUAAAAAAACAGACUUAGGAACAGUCUGUUCUUUUCUGAAUUGCACUGUAUUUACGUCAUGAUGUUGAUGUGUCAUCUUUGUGGAAUCUUCCUUGUCGCCUCCCAUUGGUCAGUGGCUGUUUAUCCCACUCCCAGUCCCAAACCGAGACUGAUGGGUCUUGUGACUAAUGUUCCCUCAAUUUUUUUUGGGCACUGAGCAAAUGUCAGGUCUGCUGAGCGUAAACUUGAAUGUUGUGAAAAUUCGGUGCAACUUCUGGCGCACACUGAAGCUGUACCCGCUUUAAGUUAGUUAUAACAGUGGCCAAGUAGGCAACUGUGGCAAUUUGAUCGUAAUGUAGGCCUAUCACAGUGGCCUACCAUGAUUAUUAAAAAAAAUAUGAAUCCCAUAACAUUUUAACAUGGA